AUGGCGGCAAUAACCAACACCACCGCUCCAUGGUCAGACGAAGAGCUGAAGGCCAAAGUAGGACAGCUCUUCAUUGUUGGCUUCUACGGCCAUGCGCCGAGUGAGGAUAUCAAAACUCUCAUCACCACCCACAAAGUUGGCACAGUCAUUCUAUUUUCGAGGAAUAUCCAAAGCGGGACUCAAUUAUUAGAACUCACCAACUCCCUCCAAGAGAUUGCAAAAUCUGCUGGCCACAUUCAAGAUCUCUUCAUCGGAAUUGAUCAGGAAAAUGGCCUCGUUACUCGUAUCCAGCCACCUAUCGCAACCCAGCUUCCAGGAGCGAUGGCCCUUGGUGCGACGAAGGACCCCGCAAACGCAUACAAAGUUGCGCUUGCUACCGCCGAAAUGCUAAAGGGGUUUGGAAUCAACAUGAAUUAUGCACCUAUAGCGGACAUCAAUUCCGAGCCAAAGAACCCAGUGAUUGGAGUUCGGUCACCCUCAGAUGACCCCGAGACCGUCGGCAGAUUUGUUUCGGCGCAUGUCAAGGGACUCCAAGAUGGUGGAGUUGUGCCAUGCGUGAAACAUUUUCCUGGGCAUGGGGAUACGGCAACCGAUUCGCAUUAUGGGCUACCAGUGAUUUCUAAAAGCAAGGACUUGCUCGAGACGUGCGAGCUGGUGCCUUUCAGAAGAGCUGUUGUGAAGGGAGUCGACGCUGUGAUGACCGCACAUAUCACCAUGCCUGGAAUUGGAAAGUCAAAGCCAACAGAAGAAAACCCGUCACAAAGUCUGCCUGCAAGCCUGAAUCCAGAUGCACUUAAUAUUUUAAGAAAGGAUAUGAAGUAUAACGGUUUGAUUGUUAGCGACUGCUUGCAAAUGGAGGGUGUGGCAGCCCCCUAUGGUACCGAGAGGGCUGCCGUAAUGGCUUUGAAGGCAGGAACCGACUGUGCGAUGAUAUGCCAUACCAUGGCCGCGCAAGUUGGAGCAAUCGAACUGGUUGUUCAAGCGGUAAAGUCAGGCGAGCUUUCCCAGGAGCGGAUUCAAGCUUCAGUCGAAAGAGUCCACCGCCUCAAGUCAAAAUAUUUAGACUCAGGAGCUGCAACAAUAACUCUCACACCCACCGAUUUGAAAUCUAGAAAUCAAAGACAUGCCGACCUUGCCUCCGAGGUGUACGGAAAGAGCACAACAAUAGUUCGAGCUGAACCUGGGAUCAUUCCACUUACUUCCAAUCCCACAGCAAACAUCGUUUUCGUUAGGCCUGCAAAGAUACCAUCAGGCGGAGGAAUACUUGAUUUUGAAGUUGGUGAAGGUGCAGCUACCGAUACUGAUCCGCUUGUACAUUAUAUCGACCUUCUUCAAGCUCGCAAUCCCAGUGUCACCGAGGUUCGAUUCUAUGACGGAAUCCCGCUUACUCAAGUAGCCGAGCAGGCCAUCGCUGAAGCAGAAUUCGUUAUUCUUGCCACUGGGAAUGCAGAUUUAAGCUCGUAUCAGAAGGAAUUCGGCCUCUCUCUAGGCAAAAGGCUUGGGAAGAAGAUGAUCGCUGUUGCGACGUGCAAUCCUUAUGAUUUCCUCGACGAAGUUGGAGAAGUCAAAAACUAUGUUACCAUAUACGAGCCAACUGUUGAGGCAUUUGAAUCUGCCGUGGAUGUGAUGUUUGGAGCUAUCAAACCAUCCGGAAUUCUUCCAGUUGGGACGCGCUCUCCUCCUAAUAUGGGAAUCAGAGCCGUCACAAGUUCAGAUAAGGACGUGGACAAAAUCUGGAGCCUGUGGCAAGAGAUCUUCACAAAGUGGCCCAUCCAACGUCAGCGGUUAGCUGAAAUACUAUACAAACCAGGCUGGAAGCACUACCUGCACGACAACGGCUUCUGUCUUGCAUACUCAGUUGGAGACGGACACGCUAGAAUUUCAGUAGUUGGUGUGUUGCCGGGUUUCCGGGGGAAAGGGUUGGGCACAGCCUUCGUUAGAAUGGCACAUGCGGAGUUGAAAAUAGUGGCCUCUCAACACGGGCAAAGUGGUUUGGAGUCAUUUGGAAUUGGCUCUGUAUUUCCGAGAUUUUGGCCCGGUAUCCCCAUUGAUGUUCCACAAGUGGAUAAAGAGUUCUUUUUGCACAGAGGAUUUCGUGGUCCUACAGGUCCCACUUCUCGUGAUCUCUUUAGAGAUAUCACCUCUGAUGUUGCACCUCCCGAUGUCGUCGACCGAGUUUCGAAAUUACCCUUUAAGUUCACACCAUGGUCGCCAGCUCUUGAAGAAGAGUGCAUGACCAAACAAAGAGCUAACUUCAAGUGCACUGGUUGGGUACAAGCUUAUGAACGAUUGGCUGCUGCAAAUCAACAUCAUGAGGUCAUGGUGGCUUUUGACGAAAACGGUGCUCAAGUUGGUUGGACGUUAAUGUGUUCUCCUUCCGCUAUUAUCAGUCAAGAGCUUGCAUUUCUACCUUUAAUGCCCGCAAAAGAGAAGACAGGGUUGAUUGCAUGUGUCGGUGUAGAUGAGAGCACGAGAGGAAAAGGGCUCGGAUUGGCCCUUUUGAUUAAGGCCAUGGAAAAUAUGAGAGAGCGAGGUAUCGAGGGUGUGUUAAUUGACUGGGUCGUUAUCAGGGGGUUCUAUGAACGGCUAGGAUUCGAAGCCCACUUCGAAUAUGAAAACUAUGAUUGGUGA